UAUAUUAUAAAAAGAAAGAAAGAAAGGACCGUACACGUACCCUAUGAAGAAGAAUAUCUGCUUUCCUUUAUAUAUACGAAUAUAAUCUCACAAAGCAACAUCUUGUUAUAACACAAAGCAAUAAUAUUAUUAGCUCAACUUUUAUACUAAACUAUUUUCUUCAAUCUCUAAUUAGAAGAAGAAGCAGAAAUGGAGAAAAAGACUAUUGAUUACAUGUUAGUUCCAUUAGGGCUUUUUGCUAUGGUGACUUACCAUGCUUGGCUUCUCUAUCGAGUUAUAUACCACCCUACCAAGACGAUUAUCGGUGUCAACGCCAUCCAUCGCCAUUCUUGGACUCGUGCUAUGAUGGAGAAUUUACACAAUAAUGGAGUUGUGUCUGUUCAGUCGAUGAGAAACAAUAUAUUGUCGUCGACUCUUAUGGCUACGGUGGCCAUAACGCUCAGUUCUCUAAUCGCUGUGCUGAUGACUAAUUACGAUGGAAAAGCUAAAAUUGAAUUGUUUGUUUUUGGAAAUAAAAGUGAAGCUAGUUUAUCUGUCAAGUAUUUUUGCAUAAUGGCUUCCUUCUUAGUUGCUUUCUUAUUCAACUUGCAAUCAACAAGUUAUUAUAGCAAUGCGACCACUCUAAUUAACAUGCCGUACAAGAGAUUAUCGGAAGAUGAUGAACACGAACAACUACUAGUUGAUUUCGUAGCGAACAACGUGAUCAUGGGAGGCUAUUUCUUUUCAUUAGGGUUACGAGCUUUCUACAUCGCGUUCGCUCUAUUCUUAUGGAUAUUCGGUCCUCUUCCCAUGUUUAUUUACAGCUUUGUUUUGGUUUUCAUGCUCUAUUUCUUGGAUAUUAGCUUUCAUUGUGAGGGGAUUGUUGAUGUUUCUGAUGAAGACAUUAGUGUUAGGAGACCAAUAAUCUAAUUAAAUAAAUAAAUAAUUAUGUUUGUA